AAUGAAAGAAAGUCGCCAACCAGUUUUUGGCGGCAAACAGGAUGGGUAAAACACAUCCGUAUCAUCCAUUUUCGAGGAUAUAAACGAAACGUGAUGUUAAGAGAAGAAAGAGAUAGAAGAGAUAUGAAGAUGAGUUUGGAAUGGUUUUAUUUACCUUUGCUCGUGAUGUCAACGGCUACUUUGGCGCAGGACGUAAACUGGGGUUUCAAAGUAAGGUGUUUUGUGGUACAUGGGGAAGUUAUCUGCCCUGGUUGCAACACGCGAGCUGGUUUGAGUUGCCCUCGAGUUAAUCCACCAGUCCGCGCCUGUGAAAACGAAAAUGAAUUCUGGCAACUUCCACCAAAGACUAAAAAACCAACAACAAUUGAUGCGGAGACUACGACUUCAGUAACAACUGAAACCGAGACAGAGACUACGACAUCUGAAGUAACUACUGGUCAAAAUAUUUUCGAUAACCACAUAGGAGAUGUGCCUGCAACUACACCAUGGGAUUUAGAAUUAUUCCUGUACCAAAUCAUAAGCGAGCCUCCAAAGAGAAGAACAAAAAGGGAUGACAACAGUUGCAGAUGGAAUGGGGAUUGCCCAUGCCCACUUAUCUGUUGCAGAACAUCUGAGGACUGUGAAAAGAAGUGCAUGAUGGGAGUUCGAUUGCCACCACCUUGGGGAACUGGUUAAUAAAUAGAUAUAAAUUCCUGUAGGUCAUUUACAUCAUUUAAAAACAUCAAAAAUGAAAGAAUAUAGGACAACAGGUAAAAAGUUCAGAAGUAUUUUUGUAUGAGCUUUACACACACCUCCGAUUACUUUGGUUCAUUGCAUCAGGUUGUGUUUAUCUUUGUCUCUUGAAUAAAAAACAUUUGUGUGUAA